CGUUGUUGAUGUCGUUUGAGCGGAUCGAAAUCGGGUGGCAAGUCAAAGAACACGACCGGCGCUCAUCCAUCCAGUCGCCUUUGACCUGCCAGGCUGAUUGAUGGUCCGGUUAUUUUUUAGUGUUCCGUUGUUCGUUCGUUCAAUCUAGUGUCCCCGUCCCCCAUAUUUCCAGCCCUUUGCCAGCCCCUUCCAGAAGGUUCAAAGGGCUGGGCGUUGGACAGGCCCGGGGUUCACAAGUUCACAAGUUUUGAUUUGGUUUUCAUGGCAGUUUCAGCCCGAACAAACUGCCCUGCGUUCACCUCAAUAUUCACUUUAAAUUGAAAGCUUUUGCGGUUUACAGGAGCUCCAGUUGAUGUAGGAGUCACCAUGUAUGUUCUCAGUAUCAGCUCAGUGUCGGAAGUCCAAAUGGACUUCACUUUGGACUUUUACUUCCGGCAGUUCUGGACUGACCCGCGACUUGCGUUCCGGAGACAGGCGCAGGUGGAAAUGCUGUCUGUUGGUUCGGAGUUCAUCACAAACAUAUGGGUGCCUGACACGUUUUUUGUCAACGAGAAAACGUCUUCGUUUCACAAAGCCACCACGUCAAACGAAUUUAUCCGAAUACACCAUUCGGGCAGCAUUACGCGCAGUAUUCGCUUAACAAUUACAGCGUCCUGUCCAAUGAACUUGCAAUACUUCCCCAUGGACAGGCAGCUGUGCCAUAUCGAAAUCGAAAGUUGUAAGUACCGAUUUAGUUGGACUUUGAACGAAGUGAUUUGAUCUCAAAAAGAAACCAGGGGCUAUCAAAAAAUGCCUGUACAUGUGCUUCAAUGUUAUUCUGUCAGCUAUGCAAACAAUCAUCCGGGGGCACAGUUUGUCCGCAUUUGAGGGCUUUUCAUAUGUUUUCCUUCAAUCAAUCAAGCACAGUUUUGGGCUGAGUUGAACACUGGCGACAAGCACUAAACAGAUAGCUCUUGACCCCGGACUAUUGCGCAAAACGGUUUCGACGCUGGGAACCUUUCUGUGCAAGUGUAAAUAUUAAUGAAAAUAAAUCAAUUUUUGUUUGGCAACAAUUUCAAAACCGGCCACCGACUUAUUGUAUUCUGUAUGUUUGAAUGUUCGUGAUGGAUUUUUUGUUUGAAUCCGCUUGAUAUAUCAGGAAAUCGACUAUUUUUUGACAUAUUGGGCGGCUUUUUUGUUUUUUGUUGAUUUCUGUUUAGUUUCAAUGUAAUUAACAAUAUAAUAAAACUCUGUAUCGGCCCUUCUCUUAUACAGCACUAGCGGAAGGAACCGACAUUUGUAAACUUGGCAAUGAUUGAACCGAAAGUCGAAUUUCAGUUGUGGGCGGUAUUUAAACCGAAACACGACCAAAUAAUUGGCCCACAACAUUUUCGCCUCUGCUACCAAAUAUCCUCCGGCCGGACCUGGAACUGUGACAAAAAUGGCCGCCACCGGCAAAAAGCAGCAAGGCCGGACCUGUUUCAAUCGAAAAUGCUGUGUUUUCGAUCCGAAGACUCUCCCGGCAUAACCACUGUUUUCAAUCACGCAUGAACUUUUCCUUUUUGAUUUUUCUCUGUUUUUUUGUUGGUUCUUUACUAAAAAACCCCUUUAGAAAUUGGAUGUUUUUCCUUUGGUGUAUACCUUUUUCAGCUAUCUCGUCUUGGUACCUUCAAGCCUAAUAAUGUGAAAAUUUUCCCGUCAAAAGCCCUUAGUGUAUUUUUCUUUUCCCAACGCAGGCCUUUACAGAUUUUCACUGGAAACUAAUCAACUUCCCUCAAAAAGUGUCUAUUGGAUAAUUUUUUUGCUGGUUUAUAAUCAAACGUUUCCAUCAAGUAGCGAACAUUUUGGAAAAAUUUUUAGCACUUCUGUAAGUUUUUAACGAAAAAACACUCACUUUUCUAGGUUUCCGUUUUUUAAACAAACUUUUGAUCUAGAAUUUCCCAGUUUGGCUUUGGAAUAGUUCCUAGUUGCCUCGAAAAUCAGUUUGCAAAAUUAGAAAAUAAUUCAAUUUAACAACAAUUGUAUAUACUUUCCUGACUGUG